GUUUGUCGUGUGCUCGUCCUCUAUCCCUCUGCUCUCGGAUAAGGCCGAGUAUAUAUCAGCCCUGCCGCCUCCUCACCUGCACCCAUCGCUCCAUCUCCACCGCCGCAAUGUCCACAAAGCUCAAGAUCGCCAUCACCGGCUGCACCGGCAUCAUCGGGACCCAUGUGGUGCGGUAUGCCCUCGAGCAGGGACACGACGUGGUCGCCAUCGACCGCGCGCCGCGCGACAAGGGGCUCGCAGCGAUCGGGAUCACGGACGAGGGCUUCAAGUACGUCGAGGCUGACGCGACCGACUAUGACGCGUUCAAGGCCGCCGCGGAGGGGUGCACUGCUCUGAUCCACCUUGCUGCUGUUUACACGCUUCGUGCACCCGACGGCACCAUCCUCCGCGAGGUGCCCCAGCACGUCAUCCACAACACCAACACGGCCAUGUCGUGGAACGCGCUCAGUGUCGCGCAAGCCCUGGGCAUCAAGCGCGUCGCGAUGGCGUCCAGUGUCAAUGCCGUCGGCAUGAUCUUCUCCAACCUCCCGCAGUUCGACUACAUCCCGCUCGACGAGAAGCACCCGCUGUACCCCGAGGACGCGUACAGCGUGUGCAAGCGCGAGAGCGAGAUCCAGUGCGAGGCUUUUGCCCGCCGCUACCCCGGCAUGCGGAUCGCGAGCCUGCGCUUCCACUGGGUGAUCCCCGACUCGCUCGCGUACGACCCCGUCGCACUCGACGAGAAGAAGGGAACUGAACGCGACCUGUGGGGCUGGGUGUCGACCAGCCAGACGGCGCGCGCGUGUCUCCUGUCGCUCACUGCGCCCGAGAGCACCUUCCCGCCUGGCCACGAGGCCUUCUUCAUCGUCGCCCCCACGGCCGUGCAACGCCGCCUCAGCUCUGAACUGCUGGAGGAACACUACCCCGAGAUCAAGGACAUUCGGAGGACGUUUACCGGCAACGAGGGGUUCUACGAUGUUAGUAAGGCGGAGAAGAUGCUGGGUUGGAAGGAGAAGGCCUUCUUGUGGACGCCGGGGUCGGCAUAG